AUGGCACCAGGUGCCAGCAGACGUGAUGAGCAACUCAUGGAGAAGUGGUUAGCCUCAGAAGAGGUUAAAGACUAUAUGGCAAGCUCUGUCAAAUGGGAAGUAGCUGCCUUACCUAGCCGGAAGAUUAAAUGCAAACAGAGAUUUGCUAAGCUGUUCUACGAGAUAGAACCUCCACAUACACCGCAUUGGUCUAGAAUGGAGUUACCAGGACCCCACAGCCGCGGCUCCCGCCCCCAAUCUCGAUGGGAGCGUGUCAAGAUUUUCUGGGGUUCGCUUUGCCUGUGCUACUGGCAGUGGCUUAUUGGGGGAAAUCUAGGUAAGGUUUUUCUAAUACUGGCAGCCAUCAUUGGCCGUAUCACGGCCAAUUUUACGAAAAAAGGCCUUCUAUGA